AUGAGCAUCUUCCGUGUGUCCAAGUCUGAUGAAGGACUCUACAACUUGAAUUUGAAUGAAUGGACCAAACCCAACUCAACUACGGCUCCAACACACAAUGAACACAGGAUUGUCAAUGCGUCCUCCUCCGACAGUGGAAGCUACAGGUGUUUGGCUAAAGACAAGAAGAACUUGAAUUCCACGACCGAGUGGAGCGAUGACGUCACAUUAACAGUUUCUGAAAGACCAGCGGCUCACCUGAGUGCUGACCACAGAGCCUUUCCAGUAGGGGGCAGUGUGCUCCUGACCUGCUCCGUGGGCCCAGCAUCACCUGGAUGGAAGUAUUACUGGUACAGAGGUGAGAAAACCUCGGAGCCCCUGACGGAUGAGGACUUCAAGUCACAUGGACAAAGUGCUAGUGCCUCACGUGAAGGACUGUACUGGUGCAGAGGAGGAAGAGGAGAUCCAGUUUACUACACCCAGUACAGUCACCCAGUCAGGAUUCAUGGAAUCGUCCACAACAGAGCUGCUGUGACUCUUCAACCCAACUGGCCGAGCAGAUACAGAGGAGAAGCCUUCACCCUGAGGUGUGAGAUCCAGGGAGGAGACUCUGAGUGGGAGUAUGAAUGGACAGCAACCAGCUCACAUGCACCCCCCAACACAAAGGAGUUCAGGAUCAGUCUGGGGUCAGAUCUGAGCGGCAGCUACUGGUGUCAGGGCCGACUGAAAGGUGCACGGCAGAACUCAACAGGCUGGAGUGCUCCCCUCACGUUGUCUGACGCGGCUGCACCACGACCUGUCCUCACUGUGUCUCCAUCAUGGCUGACUCCUGGAGCCUCAGGGACUCUCACCUGUGGGGGGGUUCCACAUCCCACUGCAGGAUGGAGGUUCUACUGGUACAGAGCUGACCCCAUUAGUUUGGAUCAAGUCCCCAGAUGUAAACAGUCAAUUCGAUAUGGGUGGAGUGAUCUGCACAUUCCUGACAAGUUCAGUUAUGAGCUGCUCCCAGGAAGCGACGGAGGAACUGAACAAAACUCCUUCAUCAUCCAAGGCCUGACGGAGUCAGCAGGUUAUUCAUGUCGAGCUGGAAGAGGAGACCCCGUGUUUUACACUGAGUACAGUAAGACAAAGUGGGUGUGGCCUGUAGAUUCCAAUUCGUCAGUGUCUCUCACAGUGAGUCCGGACUCAGUGCAGCACUACUAUUAUGACAAGGUCCGUCUGACCUGCGAGGGAAACUCUGAUAAGUGGAGAUUGUGGAUAUUUACUGGAGACGAAGUGCAAUUGUCAGAGUGCAAGUCUCAGGAGACAAGCUUCACAUGGAACAUGGAUCGUUUUCCUUCUGGAGUUGUCUGGUGUGGAUCUGGAUCAGAGAUCAGCAACGCAGUCAACAUCACUGCAGUUUACGGUCAUGUUGUCUUGAAGAGCCCUGUCCAUCCUGUGACUGAGGGACAGUCAGUUACUCUCAGCUGCUCAUGGUACAGAAGAACAAAACUCGAUUCCAGUUUCUCUUUCUACAAAAAUGGUGAACUCCUCCAAAGUGAUGUCAGAAGGAAACUGGAAAUCUCAGCUGUGUCAAAGUCAGAUGAAGGUUUCUACAAGUGUGGACGUUCAGGAGACUUCUCACCAGAGAGUUGGAUGUCAGUAAAAUUGACUCCUGCAGCACCUCCCUCUGCGUCUCCUGUGCUGCUGGUCGUUGGGCUGGUUGGAGGCUUCACACUGAUUCUCCUCCUCUUGCUGCUGCUGUUGUGUUGGUGCAGGAAUUCAAAGAAUCUGUGUUGUGACAGGCUCAGCCAGUCUCUGAGAACCAAUCAGAGCUCAGACCCAACUGUCCACCACGAUGAAGUCCAGCUGCCAGUGUACUCGUCUCUUCUCCACGGUGACGACUGCAUCUAUGAAUCAAUCAGAGGAGACACGGAGGAAGGAACCCGAGGUGAUCCAGAGGAGACGUCUGACUACGUUAAUGAAAAUCCACAUUCAGCUUCAGGAGGACUAUGAAUGGUGCAUCCUCCAGAAAACAAGAGCAUGAAAAUCAACAUUCAUCCUGAAACACCUUCACAUGUUAGACUCACCAGUUUUAAAACAGCUCAUUGGAAAGAACGCCUUGAUCUGGAUUGAAUUUCAGUAUAAAUGAAAAAUAAAUGUUGUGAUAUUUGCUUUUGUGUUUACGUUCAAUAUUUCAAUUUGCUGAUAUAGGUCUUUUAAGAUGUGCUCCGAUAUGAAAAGGUUUAUUUUACAAGAUAAACAAUGUGCAUUAUGAUUAUAUUUUACAUUGAACAUUUUUUGUCUUAAUUCAAGUUCUAUAUAAUCUGUCGUAUUUGUGUUUUCUUUCAAUUUAUCUUUAUUUCUUCAUGAAAUAUUGUUUUACUUGAGCUUUAUUGCAAUUUUAUAUAUAAGCAAUAGCUUUUUACUCCUUGAUAUCGGUAUCUGCAUUGGCCCCUAAAAAAAAAUUUAGGGGCCAGUCUGUGGUUAUGUUCUAUAUACAGUCUGUGGUUAUGUUCCAUAUACAGUCUGUGUGUUAUGUUCCAUAUACAGUCUGUGGUUAUGUUCCAUAUACAGUCUGUGGUUAUGUUCUAUAUACAGUCUGUGGUUAUGAUCCAUAUACAGUCUGUGGUUAUGUUCCAUAUACAGUCUGUGUGUUAUGUUCCAUAUACAGUCUGUGGUUAUGUUCCAUAUACAGUCUGUGGUUAUGUUCUAUAUACAGUCUGUGGUUAUGAUCCAUAUACAGUCUGUGUGUUAUGUUCCAUAUACAGUCUGUGUGUUAUGUUCCAUAUACAGUCUGUGGUUAUGUUCCAUAUACAGUCUGUGUGUUAUGUUCCAUAUAAAGUGUGUGGUUAUGUUCCAUAUACAGUCUGUGGUUAUGUUCUAUAUACAGUCUGUGGUUAUGAUCCAUAUACAGUCUGUGGUUAUGUUCCAUAUACAGUCUGUGUGUUAUGUUCCAUAUACAGUCUGUGGUUAUGUUCCAUAUACAGUCUGUGUGUUAUGUUCCAUAUAAAGUGUGUGGUUAUGUUCCAUAUAAAGUGUGUGGUUAUGUUCUAUAUACAGUCUGUGGUUAUGAUCCAUAUACAGUCUGUGGUUAUGUUCCAUAUACAGUCUGUGGUUAUGUUCCAUAUACAGUCUGUGGUUAUGUUCUAUAUACAGUCUGUGGUUAUGUUCCAUAUACAGUCUGUGGUUAUGUUCCAUAUACAGUCUGUGGUUAUGUUCUAUAUACAGUCUGUGGUUAUGAUCCAUAUACAGUCUGUGUGUUAUGUUCCAUAUACAGUCUGUGGUUAUGUUCCAUAUACAGUCUGUGUGUUAUGUUCCAUAUAAAGUGUGUGGUUAUGUUCCAUGUACAGUCUGUGGUUAUGUUCUAUAUACAGUCUGUGGUUAUGAUCCAUAUACAGUCUGUGGUUAUGUUCCAUAUACAGUCUGUGGUUAUGUUCCAUAUACAGUCUGUGUGUUAUGUUCCAUAUACAGUCUGUGGUUAUGUUCCAUAUACAGUCUGUGGUUAUGUUCCAUAUACAGUCUGUGUGUUAUGUUCCAUAUAAAGUGUGUGGUUAUGUUCCAUAUAAAGUGUGUGGUUAUGUUCUAUAUACAGUCUGUGGUUAUGAUCCAUAUACAGUCUGUGGUUAUGUUCCAUAUACAGUCUGUGGUUAUGUUCCAUAUACAGUCUGUGGUUAUGUUCUAUAUACAGUCUGUGGUUAUGUUCCAUAUACAGUCUGUGGUUAUGUUCCAUAUACAGUCUGUGGUUAUGUGUGAUUAUUUCCAUGGCUCGUAAUUCUCUGUUUGAUGAAAACACUCGUCUGCAGACAGUUUAGCUUUUUGUUUUGAAAUGUGAUGAACUGUAACAGAUUAUAAUUCAAACACAUAAUUGAAUGUGUUCUUUCUUUUAUCUUUAUUAAACUUUGAAAUCCCA